CGGUUCGAAAAUGAGCGACAGACGACUACCAGUGCCACUCCGUCGAAGUCUCUGCCGUUCCGGGUGGGACACGGGUUCUAUCUCCACAGGCUGGAGCCUGGGUACCCUCUCAUAAUCGGGGGCAUCGAUAUUCCUUUCGAAAAUGGCUGCGAAGCUCACUCCGACGGAGAUGUGUUGCUUCAUUGUGUUGUAGAUGCAAUUUUGGGUGCUUUAGGGCUUCCGGACGUUGGGCAGAUCUUCCCAGACAAUGAUCCCAAGUGGAAAGGUGCAGCAUCGUCUGUUUUCAUCAAGGAAGCUGUGAGACUGAUGCAUGAGGCAGGCUAUGAGCUCGGAAACUUAGAUGCCACUUUGAUUCUUCAAAGGCCGAAGCUGAGCCCGCACAAGGAGGCUAUCAGGGCAAAUUUGUCGAACCUUCUUGGCGCAGACCCUUCUGUUGUGAACUUGAAAGCGAAAACUCAUGAGAAGGUCGACAGCCUUGGGGAAAACAGGAGUAUCGCAGCACAUACUGUUGUUCUUCUUAUGAAGAAGUAGGAGAUUGGCCAUUUCCAAACAUAAAUCUCUAAGACAGAAAAUACUGUCCUUGUUACUGUUGUAUUUAUACAGCUUAUGAGGAACCCAAUUGAUUGUUCUUUCAUACAGUUGAAUAUAUACAGAAUGCAAUGGGUAUUUUAAC